CAAAACCAGUGGACGGAGAGGGGAGCCUCGCUCUCCUCUCCACUUCGCAGAGCCAAAAGAAAAAACAGGGAAAAAAAAGCGACCCUUCUCUCUCUAUUUCGCUCGGUCUUUUAAGUAAAUAUAAACGCCGCAGAGGGAGGCGGAAUAUUGUGAACUCCGAAGCCGUCUCCUUGCUCUCUCUCUCUCUCUCUCUCUCUUCCGCUCGAAGAGAAGGAGAGAUCGGUGGGAGUUUAUCUGGAUCGAGUUGGAGGAACAUGAUGCCAUAGGGGUGCUCGCAUGACUGCCUUGAAUUGGUGUUUUCCUAUAAACAAUUCUUCCCUUCUUCAUGUGGUGCCAUGAACGGUUCCUUGUGAGAGUGGUGCAUCUUAUUCUUUAAGUCCUAGUUGGCCAUGAGGAAGGAAAAUUCCAUAACUGCUGGUUAUAGAGUGCCUACUGUUCGAAUCACACGAGCUCGAGCUGCUGCCAUCCGUGCAAAUGGGGGUGGGGGCGUGCUCCCUUUGUUACCAUCACUUGCGAAGCGAGAGAAGAUGCAAACACAACAAGGAAAAUCAAAGAGGGCGCCUACAGAUGAGAACAGUCAAACUGCUUCUCUUAGUGCAGGUUUUCAGCACAAAAAGAGAGCAGUACUUAAGGAUGUCAGCAAUGUAUGUGCUGAUAAUUCAUAUAGGCACUGCAUUCCUGCAGCAAACGUGCAGUCUAAGACCUCCCCUCAGGUUAAACUGGGUGGCUCUAAAGCCAAGCGAUGGUCUGACCAGAAGAAUUCUAAGUUAGCCACAGCCACGUCUGUUGAAACUGCGAUACUUCAUGAUUUUGUGAAAAAUAAGGUGGCUGAAGAGAUACCAGAGGUAGGAAUAUUGGAAUCAAAAGAAGCAACUGUUUCAGCAAAAGUGGAUGAAUGCCUUUUAGCCCUACAAGAUAUGGAGUGUCUCAGGGAUAGUGAGAGCACAUGUGAUACAACUUUCUUCAAGGAACAUAACUUCAGAGAAGGAACUGAAAUCAUCAAUCAUUCAAAGAAUGAUGCAGGAGGCUUCACCGGGAAAGAUAUUGUAGAUAUUGAUGCUGACCAUGGAAUUCCUCAGAUGUGUAACAUUUAUGCUGAGGACAUAUAUACCAAUUUACGUGCUGCAGAGCUUAUUCGAAGGCCUUUCUCCAAUUUCAUGGAAACAAUGCAGCGAGAUAUCACACAAAACAUGCGGGGCAUUUUAAUUGAUUGGCUUGUGGAGGUUUCUGAGGAAUAUAGACUUGUUCCAGAUACGCUUUACCUUACAGUUUAUAUUAUUGACUGUUUUCUAUCUCACAACUAUAUUGAACGACAAAGGCUGCAACUACUUGGCAUUACAUGCAUGCUGAUUGCCUCGAAAUAUGAAGAAAUUUGCGCUCCUUCUGUUGAAGAAUUCUGUUUUAUUACAGACAACACGUACACUAAGGCAGAGGUUGUCAAAAUGGAGAGUCAAGUACUGAAUUAUUUAGGCUUUCAACUAUCUGUGCCCACCAUAAAAACAUUUCUCAGGUUUUUAGAUCUACCAGAAUUAAACAAUUUCAUAACUCAUCUGAGAUUCGUUCGAGCAGCACAAGCAACAUAUAAGGUUCCAAGUCUAGCAUUGGGAUACUUGGCUAAUUAUCUGGCAGAGCUGACACUGAUUGAAUGUAGCUUCCUGAAGUUUCUUCCUUCAGCCAUAGCUGCAUCUGCUGUGCUUCUUGCUAGAUGGACGCUGGAUCAGUCUGACUAUCCAUGGAAUCCUACUCUGGAGCAUUACACCUCAUAUAAGGCUUCAGAUCUUAAAGCAACAGUUCUUGCAUUGCAAGAGUUGCAGAUGAACUCCAAAAACUGCCCCCUGAAUGCUAUUCGUGAGAAGUAUAGUCUGCAGAAGAUCGAACGUGUGGCUGCUCUGACAUCUCCAACAUUGCCGCAAUCAAUCUUUUGUUGAUUGUGAUCUAUGCCUCUAUCUUCCAUGGGCUGUGCCAUUGGAGAGUGAUCGCACUAAAGUUUCAUUACCUCUUUUCUGAUUCUUAGCAAAGACUGGAUCUACUGAUUAUCUAUUUGUCCGUUUCUUUUGAUCUUCAUUUAUGGUGGUGGGUGGUGCCUACUUUUUCAUUUUAAAUAUUCUGGCUCUGGUAUUUCCAAGCCAGCCUGUGAAACGAAAAGUUUAUAAGAGGGAUGGGAGUGGCUGAAAUAUGCCAAAACAAAUGUUUAGUUCAUUUCAUGAUUUUAUUUUCUCAUGCAAAAAAACAGCUUAUGCAUGGAUUCAUGCUUGUCUGUCUGCGAGAGGAAAUUGUAACUUUCUGACAUAAAUUUGAAAUUUCGAUAAUUUUCACUUUA